AUGGAUAGCGGGUUUUAUGGGCACCUACAGAGGAAUCUAGAACCCUGUGUCCUGAAACAAGGCUCUGGGGAGCAGCAGAAACAAGGACACCUUAUUGGAAAGCUAGACUUCCAAGAGAGGCACUGUGUCCAGUCAAAAAAUGCAGUGACCUAUGAUGACGUGCAUGUCAACUUCACUUUGGAAGAAUGGGCUUUGCUGGAUACUUCCCAGAAGAAUCUCUACAAAGAUGUGAUGGGGGAGAACUACAGGAACCUCACUAGUAUAGGAUACAGUUGGGAAGACCAUAAUAUUGAAGAAAUUGUCAAAGUUUUAGAAGACAUGAAAGGCAGGCAUGAAAAAGCACAUACUAGAUUGAAACCCUAUGAAGAAAAUGAGUGUGGUAAAGUGUUUUCACAUCACAGUCAUCUUCAAAUGCAUAAAAGAACAUACACUGGAGAGAAAUCCUAUGAAUGUAAUCAAUGUGGUAAAACCUUCGCACGUCACAGUCAUUGUCAAAUGCAUAAAAGAACACAUACUGGAGAGAAGCCCUAUUAA